CCCUCAGUCUCUCUCUCUCUCCCUCUCUUUCUCUCUCUCUCUCUUUCUCUCUCUCAGUCUCGCUCUCCCUCAGUCUCUCUCUCUUGCUCUCUCUCUCCCUCUCUUUCUCUCUCUCUCUCUCAGUCUCCCUCUCCCUCAGUCUCUCUCUCUCUCUCUCUCCCUCUCUCUCUCUCUCUCUCCCUCAGUCUCUCUCUCUCUCUCUCUCUCUCUCUCUCUCUCUCUACACACAUACAACAGACAAAUAACAGAUUAACCGAUUACCUGAUAAAUUGAUAAACAGCCUUAGUCCUUUACUUUAAGUUUCGAUUCUUUGGUUUAUUAUUGAUUAUUGAAUGAGUUGUUUGUACCGGAAGCGGCCGGAGAUGUAGUUUCGCUGAGGGACCUGCGAGAGGCAGCAUCGCUGUGCUGCGGCUCCACAGCUGAAGAAGAAGAAACCCGGAAGCGGAAGGUCAGCGGCUUGUUGGCGAGAGAAAAACCGGUGCCUUCCGAAACGCUGCAUAGGAAAGAGAAACCCUACAGACUACUUUGAACUUUUUCUUCACUGGUCAAAAACAGGAAGUGGCAUCUUGUUAAAUAUACAAAAUGUCCGACCUCUGGCAAAACGCCAUGGACCAUGCUGUCGCCAUCGCACGGAAAUCUGGAGAGCUGGUACGUGAGGCUCUGCGUGACGACAGGAAGGUGAUGACGAAGAGUUCAUCCAUCGACCUGGUGACGAAGACGGACCAGAAGGUCGAGCAGCUCAUCAUCCAAUCAGUGAGGGAGAAAUUCCCCUCACACAGGUUCAUAGGGGAGGAGUCAGUGGCGGCAGGGGAAACAUGUGACCUGACGGACACUCCCACCUGGAUCAUCGACCCCAUCGAUGGGACCACCAACUUCGUUCAUGCUUUCCCUUUUGUUGCUGUUUCCAUCGGCUUCUACGUCAACAAGCAGAGUGAGUUUGCUGUUGUGUUCAGUUGUCUGGAAGACAAGAUGUUCACUGCGAGGAGAGGGGGGGGAGCGUUCUGUAACGGAGAACCGCUGCAGGUUUCUGAUCAGGAAGACGUUCGUCAGUCGAUCAUCGCCACCGAGUUCGGAUCCAACAGAGACGUCGAGGCUGUCGACAAGAUCUUCUCCAGUCUGAGGAACAUCCUGUGUCUCCCUGUGCAGGGGGUUCGCAGUGCAGGCACCGCAGCCAUCAACAUGUGUCUGGUGGCGUCUGGUUGUGUGGAGGCGUAUUAUGAGAUCGGCGUCCACGUGUGGGACGUCGCUGCCGCCUCGCUGAUCGUCUCUGAGGCCGGAGGAGUCCUGAUGGACGUGGAUGGAGGAGCCGUGGACCUGAUGUCCAGAAGAAUCAUUGCUGCUAACAACAGAACCAUCGCUGAGAACCUCGUCAAGGAGAUCGAGUCCUUCAGUCCAACCAGAGACGACACUCCGCCUCCACAAGUGUGAGGAGCUGCAGUGCAUUGUGGGCUAUACAACAGAUUUAAUGUCACUUGGUUUGUGUAAAGUUUGUCUGAUAUUAUUAAACAUUAGGAAUCAUUAUUGAUCGGCCAUGACACGAGGUAGAGGGCAGCAGUCCCACGAGUUUAUGAAGUGAAACCUGCUCCUGGUGGUUCAGCUCUCUGCUGCAGGUCGUUCAUCGUGUUUCCUGAGUGGCUCCUUCUUCUUCACCUUCAUCUGGUCACCGGCUUUGUCCUCACGUUAAUAUUCACUGUAGCUUUUUUUGUCUUUUCUGGUUUCCAGUGGAAGGGUUUUUCUGUUUGUGGAAUUUCUGAACUUAGAACUUUUGCUGUAAGUACCUUUGCUGUUAUUAAAGGUCACCUUUUGUUA